UUGCGGACACGGUCUUCUCUGUCAUCCAGAGCCGACGCAACGGCGAGUCCGUUACUGCAGCUGUGCGAGGUUCUAGAAUCUGGAUACCCACAAGGUCGUCCUCGUGAACACCGACGAGCCUUGCGCGUUUGAGAAUGAUCACAUGAAGGUGAAGGUGAAGAUACGGGUCAAGAACUUUGAGGGUAUUCCUACCACUUGUCCGCCCAACGAUGCAACGUACUUCUCCCAUCCCCUCCACAUCUCCGAUCGCUAUUCCAUCUCUUUCUCCUUCGUCCCCAAGCGCACGCUCCCCUCCCAAUCGGCGGUCUGGGGCAACGAGUUCUCGCGCCCCAUUCGCGACCGCCUUCCGCCGGGGUUCAACACUGCCUUCAGCAUCGUGAAGAAGUUCAUCGACCCCGGCCUAGAGUGCGACGCAUACGCGGACAAGCCGUGGCUGCUCGGGCCAAGCUUGGGCUGCUGGUUCGCGUUCUGGGUGGGCGAGAAGACGGACGAGCCGGAGAUGAAGGAUAUCAUUGAAGAAGGCGGAGAAGGCAGCGGGUUGGAGGUCCGUCGGAAGGCCGGCAUGCCUGGCGGUGCGAAGGAGAGGCGGAGGUGGGCUUUGAGCGAAGGCAAUAGGGCGAACUUCGUUUUCGAACAAGGGAGAGAGUACGGUGCGGAUUUUUUCAAUCCCUAUCUCGACUUCAACAAAUUCUCUGUCUGCCUUCCCGGAUUCUCUGUAUGCGUGGUGAAGUACAUAGACGACAAGACACACAAGCUCCGCUACGUCUUCAAAGACAAGGACACUGACGACAUUUAUUUCGCUGUCGCAUUCACCUUAUUAUUUGGCCAAGAGUUGGAAGAGGCUUUGAUGGCAGAGCCCCAGGAAUCUCAGGACACAGACACGAGGGCGGCAAGGCGACAUCCAUGAUGCAGACCGCAGAACGGUCGAACGUUGUUGUCGUACAAUGUUCGAUAGAUAAUCCCAGCAGUAUCUUUGCUCGCAAAUAAUAGACACUCAUAUGAGUUCAAACA